AUGUCCAACCGGCCUAAUUCCAAUCCAGGGGGGUCACUGCGCCGUUCACAGAGGAACACUGCUGCGGCCCAGCCACAAGACCAUACAGUCGCGGGAAGGUGAGUCUACCUGUCCAAUUAGUUGUGUUAAAUUGAAAUCACUAUCCAGUGGAGAGGAAGUAAUCAUGUUGGUAACAUUUAUUUGGGUUUUCCUAAUUAAAGCAACCAUUAAAGAGUGUUAAGUCAUGAAUCCUGUUAUUAGUGAGUAAUAAAUGGUUUUUACUGUAUUUGUUAUAAAUUUGAAUUUCGACUUAAUGCAGGACAGUUUUACUAACCACUUUGAUCAGAAGCUAAUCUCAUCUUCUUUGUAUCAUGGUGAAAUAGUGAUUAACUCUUUUUUUAGCUGUUUUUCUGCUACUCAGUAAGUGUCAACAACCAAAGGAUAUGCAAUCACAGUCAGCCAAAAUGAUUUGGGGAUUAAUCAAGUCUCUUUCAUGUGGCUUGAAUAUAAAGACCCACACUAUUACUUGCUCUUUGGUUUCCAACCUUACAGGUUGCAGUCAGAGCAGGUAAAACAUAAAGCAAAUUCCCCACCUGAAAGUAGAAGACCUAAUUCUAAGGCUUCCAAAGCCACUGCCAGCUCAGCCACUGGCCUGUCCAGAGGGCACAGCUCAAGAAGGUACCCCUCCUCUCUAUUUGGUACUUAUUGUGUGUGCUUGUGUGUUUUAAAAGGUUUGUAAUGAAGUCAAUAUUGCCAUACCAAGUAAAACUCACAAAGAACAACAAACAAUACUGCACACAUUUGGGUUUUUUUUCAUACUGAGUCAAUACAACGAAUGUGGUGUUUGAAAUUCAUUACUUUUCACACAUCGAGCAGUUUUUCUGAGAUGGCGCUGUAUUUCCUUUCUUUCUCCCUGGCAGAAGCGGUCUCACUCUGUCUGUGGCUUCAGUUGUGUUACAAGACGAGCCAGAGGCUGCAGGGACAUCUGAACAAGAGCGACCAGGCCACCAGUCAAAGAGUGAAGGCACCAGAGGGUUGAAGAGAAGCGAAGCUCCUGACCAAAUUAGUACCUUCAGACCAACACCUGCCAAGAAGCCCAAAUCGCUCCCACCACCCAGAGACAAUACCUCAGAGACCAAGAAAGGCCCAGCUAAGUCUAAGAAGAAAUCGCUUGCUUCAGAACCACCGGCAUUGUCAGGAAGAGGUCAGAGCAAAAAGAGCGGGGCCGCUGGGGCCUCACCAAUCCAGAAACGGAAGAAAGCGGACUCUUUCCCCGGUCUAAGUAGCACCGCUGGGUCCCUCCCCAAUCGUACCGAGGGCAGAACAGCAAAACCCACCAAGCUGGCGUCUAAAUCGGCCGCCUCAGCCAAAGCUGGGUGUAGCAACGUGACGGACUCCUCCUCCUCUGCCUCCACCUCUUCCUCCUCCUCUACAACAGGCACCAAUAGUGCCACCACGCAGGGCGCCCGUGUGAAACAGGGAAAAGAUCAGACCAAGGCACGACGUUCUCGGUCAGCCUCAAGCCCCUCACCACGCCGCAGUACCCGUGACAAGGAGCAGGCGAAAACCCCCAGCUCUUCAAAGUUUGAGUGGGCAGCACGCUUCAACCCCAAAGUAAAUCUGCCAAAACCCAAACUGUCCUUACCCGGAUCCUCCAAAACUGAGACCUCCAAGCCUGGGCCAUCAGGGUUCCAAGCUAAAAUAGCAAGUGAGUCACUUUACCUCUGUUUGUGUUUUCUCUAUUUAAAGGGAAUAGAAGGGAAAGGAGCUGAUCUAGUCCACACUCUUAGCCACAUUCAUACAUUCUAGGACACAUUUUCAUACCACUUCAUUCACUUUGUCAACCUUCUCAUGAUGCAAAAGGUGUAAGGACACUGUUCUGAUAUUUGGUAUAAGCUUAACAAACUAAUAACUAAUACAUAAAAAUUACAGUUAAAUGACAUCAUCAAUACCCUGAAAUUGCACAAUAAGUUCUGAUUGAGCUUCUUUGGUUCUCAAAAGUAGCAAAGAUGUGCUUUUAUGCACAUACUUGAGUGAUUUUUAGUACUGGGCAAAACUUGUAGAAGGUGUAAAAGCUUUUCGGCUGUAAAAGUUCCAUUUCAUUUCAGACCUUUAUCUAUUCUUAAAGAAAGGAUUAUUUACCCCUUAUCCAGUUCAGGUUGUCAUGUUACAAAAUCUUUAAUGUUUGCCAAAGUACAAGUAGAAAACACUACAUUGAUACCUGUUUUCACAGAGCGGAAUAUCUAGAAUAUUGUAUAAUUUUCUGUUUCAUGAUAAGUGAUCCAUGAAACAGUUUUUUAAAUAGUUGGUAGUCCCCCCUUUGAAGCCCCUCUUAAAAUGUCUCUCUUGCCCUGUCUUAUAAACAAAAAACUGUGAACAUUUUUCAGGGACUAUGUAUCAGUCCUAGACAGCCACUUUUGUUUCCCAUUUGAUCAUGAAAACAAAUCAGUGUUUGCCCAUCAGGGAAAACUUCACAGCUAGGUGUAAAACCUUUCAGAUUUACAUCAAUGUGAUAAAGAUGAAGAUAGGAUACCAAAAGAUACGUGUUUGUAGAAGAAUGUUUUUUUUUCUUGCUGCUUUUUUCAGUUACUUAAUCUGAACGUUUUUUAGCAUCUAUCAUUGUACAGUGUGAAGCUUCCAGCCGACAGUUUGUAUGUAGACGACGGUAAAAAUAAGGUAGCGUGACAAGGUGACAUUACUUUUUCUCUCCUCUGCCCUCAGUCUGUGUGCAACAGACAGAAACAUAACACUUAUCAUUGUGAGUUGCCAGAAAGAUUUAAGAUGUCAGUAUUUGCUGACUUGUGAAUCAGAGCAGUUCGCAUGAUGUCAAGGCUUUGAGAGAGCGGCAGGUGUGACUACUAUUACAGCUGAGCAGAGACGCACGCUGGAUGAAGCAUGAAAUCAAGUACUGCAAACAAACAAAAUCUGGUACUUGAGCUAAGAGUCCCCAAAUUUUGCUAAGAAGUUAAUUUUAGCAUAAAUACUGUGACGCAGAAAAAUAUUAUGAUUUCACUCAGAUUUAUAGUUUUACUCUCCUAAACCACCGAUGAAUACUGUGGCAGAUGAGAAAGUAAAAGAUCUGGGUAUUUAUUCCACUGUCACUUUCUCUUUGGUGUUAAAACAAGGCUCCUUUUUCUCAAAUCAAAGCUUCAACGCCCCUACAGUGUACUACAUGGCAUACUACAGUAACAGUAAAAUGUUGUAGAGGUCUAACCAGAGGUCUAAGCAAAGUCACAGAAUCUGUUAUACAAUUCUUAAUUGACUUUGACCAAAUUCAAGAGCUUUGACUCUUUCUCAGUAACCGACUAGAUUUUUUUUUUACAUUUAAAAGUCCUCACUAUUGUGCAUUUUAAGUUUAGAGUUACAUAGUUAACUUAAGCUUCUGUAUAAUGUUUGGCAUUCAGGAAACAUGCCCCACCCUUUCAGAUUUCAUUAAAAAAAAAAUCAGGGGCACUAUUUUGCGAAAUAAAACAUGAUAACAAGCAAGUAUGGAGCAAUAUAUUGUGGAUAGAGAGGGACUUCAGACAGCCCAAGUCUUUACCCAGAUUUCCCAGAAUCUCAUGAUGUUCACACACCAGGUACAAACUCAACUGGAGAAGCAUUGAAUGCAAUUAAGUGUGUCUAGAUUAGACCAUCUAGUUCACAUGUCAUGAGUGUGGCCUUCACUGAGCUGUUAAACUGGCUCAGGUGUCAGUCUUGAGCACUAGAAGCCUGAAACUGGAGAACAGCUCGAUACAUGCACACUGCUGGUUGCUCAGUUGUCGGUGUGAAGCGAACUCGGUUCAUCAGUGUCAGAAUUUUGAACUCUGUCGCUUUAAAAGUGUCAAUAAGAUCCUUUUCUAAUCCCCUGGCUAAAUGAAAAAGAGUAGGUUAUAAUUUAUCCUUUUAAACCUGUUGUGGCACAUAGUUUCUCUAUUUGACUGACCAUAAUGCAUAUCAUAAGGAGGAAAUUAAAAUUUAAAGAUUAUAAAUAAGGGCACUAAUGCAGUUUCACAGUGUAUGUUAAGUCUAGUAAAGGGUUGAAAAAGCAUUUUGUACUCCUAUAGGGUGUUUUUGAGGUGUGCCAGUAGUUACUAUGUUAUUAGCAUCGCAUCUGCUUUGUAAUGUAAGAACAUUACUCCAUAACCUCACAGUGUAGGCUUGUCAGCAGUUGAAGCUCCUGUGAGACAGGCUUUCUUAAAGCAUAAAUAUGUAGCAUAGUUCGUGAUAAGGAGGUAUUUUAUUCUGUCUGUGCUCUCUGCUGGAGAAACUUUAUGAUUGUGUCUGUCAGUGUCUUAAAGUUAACCUAUUAAGCUGGCUUCACAGUACACAAAUUUAAAACGUUGGCAUGAUGCUCUUUAAAAUCAAACAACAUUGAUUCCUGUUUUGAUACAGCAGCCGCAGAAAUACAAGUGUCUUUGAACAAGUACUAAUCCCUUGAAGUAGUGUUUGCAGUAACAAAAGGAAUCAUAAGUGGAAUUUUCACAAAGCAUGAAAAGAAAAUGAAUAAAGCAUUAAAAAAAUAUCACAUCUGAAAACACCACUCAUAAUCCAAUGGAAGUAUGCCUUGGAUCUUUCAGUCCGUUUAUUGUUUGGAAUGAAUUAUCCCCUCUCCUUUUACCACACCAUGUCCAGCCCUCUGACAGUUGCUCUGGCACCUGCAUGAGGAAGUGCAGAGACAAAAGAAGGAGUGCGUUCAGGUGGAGGAACAUGUCACUUUGUAAAUUUGGAUAAUAAAAGCAGUGGACUCCCUCAUAAUCAUAGCUUGACAAGUCUUGAGAUUGUUUUUUUUUCUGCUUCUCACCAGCUCCUUUUGAUGAAGACUCACUGUCUUCUCCUGUACGUGCACUGCGAAUGUAGAAUCUAAAAAUAAACACUGUGUUAGCAGUCUGUUUGGGUGCUCAUGACAUUAACAAGUCACUGAAUACCCUGCAUGUUUACAUUCUACGAUCAUGUGACAUGGACACAGAAUGAAUGUACAGCAGUCAGUCAGUUCUCAGUUCAAGCGGAAGGCUCCAUGAGAGUGUUGUCAAGCUUACUUUUAUUGAAGAUUAAUCAUGGAAAAGGAAAGAGUGGUGCCAGAGUGACACAUUUCAAGUCAUAUGACUGACAUGCAAAUCCUGAGAUGUGAGUACUGCACAUGCAUGCGUUGGAAUUGCAGUGUUAUAACGACACAUUGCUCAGCCCUGAUACUCGAUCACCGCUGCUCUCUCUUUUUCUUUUGCCCAUGACAACAACAUCGAAAGGAGUAGAGUUCUUUGCGAUUACAGGAAUGAGAGAAUAGAAGCACAUUUUAAAUCCAUUUUAUUUGUCAAUGUGAAAGGUGACUCCAAGAAGAACUCGACCAAGUACCCCAGUACAGGGAUUCUGACUAUUAUACAGUGAUAGAUAACGAUAUCUGAUUAACACAAAAUGUUCCAAAAGACAGAGCCCAAGGUGCAUGUGAUUGGCACCACAAGAGAAUCAUGGAGCAAUUUUACACGGUCAAACUGAGAGGGAAACCUGUUUAGAGGUCUAUAAGAACACGUUUCAGGAUGAUCGUUUAUAGCCUGAUCAAUGUCCCGUCCACUACGAAUGGUGAAGUGAAUGUGAGCUGUGUAGGUCAGUGUGGGGUCAGGCAGCUCUGGGUAGGUGGGCGGAUAGAGACUUAGUGGGCUGUCUGCCAUGGGUCCCAGCCUAAAUGGAGAGACCCCUCCUAAGUUGGCUUUGCUUGUGGGCUCACCAGCUGACCAGGGUUAUGUUUGAGGGCAGGGAAGGACUCAUACGUUUCUUCUGUCAAAGGAAAGACCUUUAUCUCUGAUUCUGUAUCCACUUCUGUUAGCCUCUUGUAUUUUUAAAUACACAUAGGUUGGUCUACUUUUAUCAGUAAUGGUGAGUAAGCUUAUGUAGUACAGAUUAAUUGUGUUCCAUAGAUUCUGUUUUACUUAACAUUUGAUUGCAUUGGACUAACAGUGUAACCUGCAACUUAGACUACAGAGAAACAUGUGCAACUGCAUCCAGUGGAUCUGAGUAAUUUGAGAUGAAUUAUGAACUUCUAUGAAACUCAUGCUAAGAAAGUUGUGAGCAGUAAAUAUUUGAAAUGAAGACGUGCAAAACUGAAACGGAUGAAAAGCAGCAAGGAAAAAAAAGUUUCGAUAUCUUCAAUUAAUUUGUUCUUUACUUUAUUACUGUUUAUUUUUGUGCUACUAAGGUAUGAGUCAGAGAUCUAACAUGAAGGUUGUUCUGUCAGAGGGCCAUGCUUGGGUUACUAUUAAUACCCGCUCAGUCAGUGGCACAGAGCUCUGCACAGGCAACACGAGAGCCUUUACUAUUCUGAAAUAAAAAAAAUAGGUGACACUCAUGAUGAAUGUGAUCAAUGCUUUGACAUCUUUACUGACAGAGAUUUCACACUCCUCAUGCAACAGAAUUUUGCUUUAAGAUGUGGUACCACAGCCAAAAAAUAUUUCAAAGUUUGCUGUUAUGUUUGGUAGUUAAAUGUCAUUAUCUGCCUUAUUAGCCAGAUAUCAUAGUUUGAUGGUAGUGUCAGUGCAUCGCCUGCAGGUGGGUUUAACGUCUCUUUUCCCCUCUCCAGGUUUGAGGAAAUCCACUAAGAAGCGCAGCGAGUCUCCUCCAGCAGAGCUCCCCAGCCAUCGGCGGAGCACACGCCACAAGACCACGGGCUCCUGUGCCAGCACCAGGUACGAAUCUCAUGAAUGAUCGCUGUUGUCCUUAGUUUAAAUAUUAAUCUACACAAAGUGAGUGGAACUUUAAGCUUUGUGGUUUGAUCAUUUCUUGACAUGGUAGAGUAAAUUCAAGUAACAUCUCUCAGUACAACCAAGUAUUUAACAACUCCUUGAUAAGAUAGACAGAUAGACAAAAAAAGGGAUCGUGGAUUUUGAUUGUUUUGGUUUUGUCUCAGGCUGCAAAAUUUGAAGUUGAUGUAAAUUGCAAAUGAGUUCUUAAAUGUUUAAACAGUAAAUGCACUGAUAAUUAAGUCCCGUUAGGAGACUCGACCAUGUGUGAUCAGAGGAGGGUUUUAGCUUGUUGCGCUGCGCUCUGUACUGUGUGCUGUUAUUGGUGUCUAAUCAGGCUAUUGUUAGACUUCGGAGUGACAACAGGCAAACCUCAAAGCUCUGGGGAUGCUCAUCGCUACAACAUCUUUUAAUUCUGUUGAUAACUGUUUACUGCAGAGUGCAAGCCGAAUGGAUAACAUGAGGGUUAGCUGUACCCAGUUAACCCUCAUUGACUAGGGUGUUUGACUAGGCAGUGGAAUCUCUUUUUUUCAACUAGUUGUAGGUGUUUCUCACCCAUUUAAUCUACUGAGUGACUUUGUUUCUCACACUUAUAAACCACCACCAGGAAGUUUCUUGUAUCUUUGUAAUACAUACAGCUGACACUUUUGCUGCCUUUUACAUUCAGUUGUAUUUUGCUGUUGGUGAAACAAGUAGGAAAUGCCUCCAAACUUCUUAGCCUCUGUAAUUAGCUUCCUCUAUACAACAUCAAAUUUUCACAGUGAGUGUGACGGAUAAAAGACAGGAGAAUUGAAGUUUUUGAUAGAAAAUACGACCAUGCCCAUACAGGACAAAUUCACUCAAGUUAUGAGAUGUACAUGUUUGCCUACAGAUGGCCCAAAAAUCUACAGAAGCUUUAAUCAUUGGGUCUUAACCACAUGAUUAACAGUGUACAGUGUCAUUUGAAAUCGUUUUGGUUUUUGUAAGAACUUUAAAAUAAAAAAUGUCAGGAAUGCUUUGUAUUCAUUUGAACCAGAAGUUAUUUCCUUUAUGAAAACUGAAAACCCGUUUUUUUCUAUAACAGUCGGCGGGGCUCAGGCCUGGGCAAGCGCGGGGCAGCCGACGCUCGCCGACAGGAGAAAAUGGCUGACUCCGACAACAACCAGGAUGGGGCCAACUCAUCAGCUGCUCGUACUGAUGAGGCAUCACAAGGGGCUUCAGGUAAGAAACACACCUCUUGUUUGAUGGUGGAACAUCUGUCAUCUGUCUAAGCUGUGAAAUUUCUGACUUUGUUUAGACUGAAGUCAUAUCAGAUUGUUACUCAAAUCAGAUCUUUGACAUAUAAUGCGCUAUUAUUGGCAAGCAAUCAGAUUAGAUUGGUGCAUCUAGACAAGGACCAAAUAUUAAAGACAGGAAUUUUGCAUGUCUAUUAAAACAAGUUUUACAGUAAAAUAAAAGAGCAUUUUCUUUUUUUUUGUCAUUUACUGUUCAUUAACUCAUUACCUGGAUAUCUUACUAAUCACUCUGCUGUGUUCGGAUUAGUCGACAACUGUUUUUUCUUCUAGCAAAUACUAAGCUGAUUAUGCAGCACACAUAUCAAAUGAAAAUGCAGGAGUCACGACACAUCUACUGUUUUCGAUGUCAUGUUUUCUAUUGAUAAUCAGACCAAAGGGUUAUGUUCCUAUAACAUCAUAUACAACAUGGAGGAAACCUGUAACGUCAGCUUAAGUUUAUUUGGAGCACACUAAACUUUUAAUUUUAUUUUGUAUUUUUUUUGCUGCUGUAACAUGAGAAUUUCCCAGUUUGGGAUCAAUAAAGUCUAUCUAUCUAUCUAUCUAUCUAUCUAUCUAUCUAUCUAUCUAUCUUAUCUAUCUUAUCUAUCUUAUCUAUCUUAUCUAUCUAAUCUUUCUAUCUAAACUUUCUGUGAUUGAUGAUUAAUGGCUGACCAGUCGCCAACAGGGUAGAGGAGACAGGAAGGGGAAAAACAAAGGAGGAACUAGCAAGUAAUGUUUAAAGCACAAAAGCUGAGUCAAGUGAUGACGACCAUAUUAAUGAAAACAGACACAAAGUUACCACAAACUACAACAGUGCAGCUUUGGCAGUGUUUCAAGAUUGGUUGAGUGAGCAGACAAUGACAACAGAAAAGUUACAGGGAACUUAAAGGACUUGAUACAGAUACUGCUGCUGUUAUAUUCUGAAUCUGCUGAAAAUACCAACAAGAAAAGGCUUAUGUUUUGAUGCAGAGGUAGAUGAAAAUUCCAAGUUUAAUGUUAAUUCCAUCCAUAGGUAGGCUGAUAAGAAUACUGUUGCCAUGGGAGCACAGUCAUCAAAUUUAAGGGACAUUUUUUUGUUUACUGGAUAAAUAAAAUGUUUAAAAUCAUUAGAGCAUCAAUAUUUGUUGGUAGCUAGAUAAUAAGCAGGACACUGUAUAAUGAGCUGGUGGUUAUGCCAAAUAGAAUCUCUUCAAGGUGGGCAAGACUGCUUCACUUAUAGAAAUACUGUGAUAUUGUCUCCCAUAACUAAUACAAUAUCCUUUAUUUAUAUUCCUGGACAUAAAAAGCAGGAACUUGGCCUAGAAGAUGUUAAAAGGCCUUUCAAUAAUCACCGAUGUCUGGCUGUAUUUGUUUCAGUAAUGUCCUUCUGCAUUCAACAAGAGUUGGAUCUUCAUAGAUCCUUUAAUGUUUUACCUUCAGUGUGAAUUUUGACUGUAUGCUUUUUCCGUUUCCAGCCUCAAGCUCAGUUGCUGGAGCUGUUGGCAUGACCACCUCUGGAGAGAGUGAGUCAGAUGACUCUGAAAUGGGAAGGCUUCAAGGUACAUUAUCAUAGUUACUCCCUAUUCUAGAAACUCUCAUGUUUUUUUGUUUAAAUCACUGUGAACUCUCUGUGCACAUGUGAUAACCCAGAUAAAUAUUGUAAUGUAGAAAGCUUCUCAUUUUGCACAGUUGUUCUCUCUAAAAGUUGCCUUAUUUUGUCCCUUCAGCCCUACUGGAGGCUAGAGGUCUCCCCCCACACCUUUUUGGGCCCCUGGGACCCCGCAUGUCACAGCUGUUCCACAGGACCAUUGGAAGUGGAGCUAGUAAGUAAAGCCAUCAUAUCCUUACAUCCACGUUCUUCAGACACAAGCUCUGAAAACGUGCUUUUUCUCCUCUGCAGGCUCUAAGGCUCAGCAGCUGCUACAAGGCCUGCAGGCCACAGGCGACGAGUCUCAGCAGCUUCAAGCUGCUAUUGAGAUGUGCCAGCUGCUGGUGAUGGGCAACGAGGAAACACUCGGAGGAUUCCCUGUCAAGAGUGUGGUGCCCGCUUUGGUCAGUCUCAUCUGGUUUGCUCUUGAACUUAAUCUUGUACUUGGCUGCCCUGUAUGUGUUAAAGCCAUGCCUCAGUGAGACAGAAUUCGUUGGCUACAAGUGUAACCCACAUUUGCUAGGAUUUAAACAAAUCUGGUUUCCGCUAUAUCACGCUCAACUUUCUUCCACAGAUUACACUGUUACAAAUGGAGCAUAACUUUGAUAUUGUGAGUAUGAUGGUCUUUUUCUCACUAUAUAUGGUCUAAUAGUAUAGUUACAUUCACUAAUGUCUGUAAUGCCACUGCCUGGAAUCUCUGCACACAGAUGAAUCAUGCUUCUCGAGCUCUCACAUACAUGAUGGAGGCGCUCCCUCGAUCCUCUGCUGUGGUGGUGGAUGCUAUCCCUGUCUUCCUGGAGAAGGUAAAAAAACUGUUCUUAUCACUCUUCAAUGUACAAUGCCAGCCUUUUGAUGUGCUGAUGCCAUGUUCUUUGUUGUCUGCAGCUUCAGGUGAUCCAGUUCAUUGACGUAGCAGAGCAGGCCCUGACUGCCCUGGAGAUGUUGUCAAGGCGACACAGCAAAGCCAUUUUGCAGGCUGUAAGUGUUCCUUCUGCCCUUUUGUCAUGCUCUUUAAAUGUCCCGUCUGUUUGCUGCUAUCACAUCUUACAUUAAUUUGAACGUUUCAUCCCUCACAGGGUGGGCUUGCAGACUGCCUCCUCUAUCUAGAGUUCUUCAGCAUCAAUGCUCAGAGGAAUGCCUUGGCCAUUGCAGCUAACUGCUGCCAGAGCAUCACUCCGGAUGAGUUCCACUUUGUUGCUGAUUCUCUGCCACUGUUGACUCAGAGACUCACACAUCAUGUAUGUUUUGCUGUAUCAUAAGAGCAUGAGCCAAACUGCUGUUGUGAUGUUUUCAUUUUUGAUAAUUCAUGCUGGCUAAAAAUACUUUUCUGACAACGUUGGAUGGUUUCUUAAUUUUUAUACUUCUCCUAAUUUGUCAGAGUUGGAUUUUUCGAAAACUAGCCAGGAAAAAUACCGAGCACAAUUAUUCUUUUGAUGAUUCAGUUACAUGUUUCCAGUUUAUAGUGUAGCAUAUUUUGUGCUUCAGUAAAACUGACUGCACUGCAUAGAUGACCUCAAAGACUAUGCAACCCUCUUGGAAAUCAUUAAGACAGUAAGAUCAAGUUGAUCGCCUUUAGAUGAGCACCCUUGUAGGAGUCAUUAAGCAGAAGUUGUGCCCCCUUAAGGUCUUUUUGUUUAAAUAUUUAGUUGAACCUGCUGAACUACAUCAAUAACUUUGACAAGAAGAGGUUGUGUGUUUUAUCUUUGCUUCCAUCUCAAAUCGUCAUACUUCAAAUAACGCCAAGUGCAAUUACUCCCACUCAUCAUGUGUUGAACUCUCUUUCAGGAUAAAAAAUCGGUUGAAAGCACUUGUCUCUGUUUCGCUCGACUGGUGGACAACUUUCAACAUGAAGAGGUUUGUACUGUUAAGUUUAUUAUAAGUCCCAACAUCAUUUAUGCUGAUUCAGUGUUGUUUCUACUCUAUAUUAACCCAUUUUUGUCUAUCAGCUGUACACUUAAUGUGGAUUUAUGUGUCUGUGUUCAAAUCUCCAGAACCUGCUGCAGGAGGUUGCAUCACGGGACCUGUUGACCAACAUUCAGCAGCUGCUUGUUGUCACCCCCCCUGUGCUCAGCUCGGGGAUGUUUAUCAUGGUUGUGCGCAUGUUUUCUCUUAUGUGCUCCAACUGCCCCUGCCUAGCAGUCCAGCUUAUGAAGCAAAGUGAGAGACCAUCACACACACUCACACAAUUGACUUGACUGCUGUGGAGUUGUGCUCUUCAUUUUAUUUUUGAAUUAACUUGUUUUAUUUCUGUCUCAGCCAAGAUAUGUAAUUGUACAACAUUCAUCUACCACAAUAUUGACUGUGAAACCAUUUUGCAUCUCAUUGCCUGCCUCUAAAACUCCCUUUGACCUUUAUCCUUAGAGCAGAUGAAGUUCUGUGUGGAUACUGUGUAUUGAUGUAGUAUUUGUUGGGUAGGACAAAUAACAGCAGGCGAUGCCUUCUCUCUACAGAUAUAGCAGAAACUCUGCGGUUCCUCCUGUGUGGUGCAUCGAAUGGCAGCUGCCAGGAGCAGAUUGAACUGGUACCCCGGAGCCCCCAGGAGCUCUAUGAACUGACCUCCCUCAUAUGGUAAUGUCUUUGAGGCUGCUUUCUGUCUAAAGUGACAGUGGGGUUGACACUAGACACUAGUGAAAUUUUUUAAAAAAUGUUAGUGUUGGAUUUUCUUUGCUCUCAUCCUGUGAAUGUUACCUGUAAAACUGGAAUCAACCAACCUUUAAAGUCUUUGUUACUCAUGACAAGACUUGUGAGCGUGUAAAAUAAUCUAUGACUGCCCUGUGUGCAAGUUGCUCUCAACUAUGGGAUGUGACUCUACUAGGUAAAUCUAGAAUUUCAGCUUUUUAGCACGGGUUGUAUAUGUUUAUCAUGUAGCUAGUGUUAUGUCCAGUUUUGCUACCUGGUUGAAAGAUAAUGCUGUUGAUUAAAAAGGCUGUCAUUUUAUUUUUUCAGGUCAUAAACAUUCUGAGAUUACUGUAAGAAUGAGGCAGCAUGUUAUGGUACACUUAUAUACAUCCUCUGUAGCCACCAAUCAACUGCACAGCGACAUUGGGCUGAUGGAGGAUUGUUUGUAAACUCUAUUGAUAGUUUUGCUUCAGCCUUUCCUCAUGGUAGCUACAGCUUUGAUUCUCCUCAGGACCAAGACUUUGUAGUUUUUGGAAAUCAGACCCUGACAGGUUGAGCUGGACCCUGAUAUGUUAAUCUUGAUGUGGAAAUUUUUUAAUUGAUUAAAAAAUGAUGAUCCUAUUUCAUCUAUAAAAUUGUCCUAGACACUUAUAGUUUGAGCUCCGACUAAGUAAACGGUUAAUUAUGCAACCUUAAAAUAAGUAAACCUAGCUGUUUUAAACCAGGCGAACACAACCACAUUAACUACUGCAGCAUCCAAGUUUAUCUGCCUCUUCACUCUCAGUCUGACAGUUUAUUUUUUUUAAUUUAUUUUUUUUAUCUCUCCUUUUUCCCAGGCCUUGCUCUGUUAAGUGAUAAGAUUGUACCCCAUCCUCAGUUUUGUGGAUUUCUGUCAUAGACUCCAGCCUUUUUUGUCUUUAACCACUCCUGUCAUGGUGUAGAGAGCUACAUAAACAUCCACCAUACUGACAUUAAAAGUGGUUAAUCAGGUUUCAUCGGCUAAAUUUCACCAGGCUAGUUGUGAACGUGUGGAAGUUCAUGUAUGUACGCCACACUAAAUGCACUUCCCUCUUAAACAUUAUCACUGAAUGUUACAACUUCACUCUGACCUUGAGGUACAGAUGGCUUCGUUGUGCCUCUGAUACACAUAAAAUCAUCCAAGUUGUCACUGUUCCAUACGGGUUAAACAUAACUGCGAAACUUGCUGACACAACUCCUCCUCCUCCUGCAGUGAGCUGAUGCCCUGCCUGCCCAGAGAGGGCAUCUUCGCAGUGGAUGUGAUGCUGAAGAAGGGCAGUGCCCAGACGACAGAGGGAGCGAUCUGGCAGUGGAGGGAUGACCGAGGACUUUGGCAUCCUUACAACCGCAUUGAUAGCCGCAUCAUUGAGGUACAUAUUCAGGUCCCUCUGCUGAACUCAGCUUGUUGUCUUUUAAUAGACAGCGGUGAGCCUUGUUAGCUGUUUGUGCUUAUUAGCAGUUCUGUGCAUCAACUGCAGUAACAGAGAGAACAUCUCAUACUUUUUCAGCAGUAUUACUCAGUCUCCCUGUUUCCCUGUAUCAUGUAAUCCACUUUAAUGUCACUGGGGUCCAGAACUCAGCUGAUAAAUCCACAUUCAUAAUAUUGGCACUAACAAACCAUGAAAUUAUAAUGGAUCCAUUUUUAUCUGAUCAUACUUCUUCAUACUUCUAAGAGCAGUCAGCUGCAGUGUGGCCUCUCUCCUCUCUCUCCUCCACUCCCUCUUUCUCUUAACACCCAAUCAAUCAAAACCUAAAUCUUUGUACAAGCUAGGCUUAAAGAUAUUGUUGUGAUUGCAUGGGCGGUUAGAGAUGGGAAUCAAGAACCGGUUCUUGUUGAGAACGAUUCCUUUCUUCCGGGUGCCUUGAAAAACGAAAAACGCGAGUGCCAGUCUACGCGAACGGGAACAGAGACAGAGGAAAAAAACUGAGUUAGACUGAGUUAGACUGAGUUAGAAGCGCAUAAAAAACACUCGACCCGACCAAAAAAACCCUCAAAGUUUGCACACAAGUCCGCCCUGCGUAGUAGUGUCCUCUUGUUGGGGAUUCAGAAUAUGGUCACCCUAACGUAUGUCCUGAGUUAACAUAAACACAAUGUAUGCCAGAAAUGCUGCACAAACAGCGUUUUUGUUUGAUUAUUUUUAGACUCUCAGUAAAGGUGGCAUACAUCUUUUUCUGUUAUCAGAGACUCAAUAAAAAUUUGAGUUAACUGUGAAAACCUAUUGUCUACUUUUUUUUUAAAUCAAAGAGAGGCAUUGAUAAGGGAAUUGUUAAAGAAUUGAAUCGAUAAGCAGAAUCGAUAAUGGCAUCGAUAUCAAUAAAAUCUUAUCGAUUCCCAUCCCUAUGGGCGGUGCUCCUUGACAGUAAGUGACAGGAACAGUCUGAUUAAGUUUAGAUCUUGAACAUUUUCACCAUCCUCCAUUUUUAAAUCUAUCAAGUUCACCAAACAAAACUCCAGGCAUGUUACGCUUCAGCUACACAGACUAUUUGAACAUCAUUUACAGCUGGAGAAAGUCUGCAGGGUUGAAAUGUUGCUGAAACAAAAGUUUGUUUGUUUCAACGUUGUGAACAGGCUCAAGAGAUCAUUUAACACUACCUGAAAUUGUAAGCUCCAUGUCACUGACAGAGUAUAAAAACUUACUUGUAAAAUGCCUCUGAUUCAUGGCUCAUCCAGUGUGUGGCCAGCUUUACAUGUUAAAUGUAAGGAUGCAUGCUGGACCCACCUGUAGAAGCAGUGUUUUGAAUAUUUGACAACAUUUACUUUUCACAGUGGGCAAGAAUCUCCAGAGGUUUAGACACAGCUAACAAGGCUUAUCCAUUUAAAAGAGCUGUUAUUGGUUUAUUUGUAUGUGCUGAUUAUUCUGCCCUACAGACAGCGCACCAGAACGGGGAGGAUGAAAUUAGUUUGUCAACCCUGGGCCGUGUGUACACAAUUGACUUCAACUCUAUGCAGCAGAUCAAUGAAGACACCGGAACAGCACGCGGUAUCCAGAGGAAACCGAAUCCUCUGGCCAACCCCAAUACAGGUAAAUAAAGACAUGAAUUUGAAUGAGUUUAAAGGGGAAACUAGAAAUAUUGAUACUUUAACCUGACUUGUUUUUCAAGUAAAGACUGGUGCAUAAAAAGCAGUCUCUUCUUUUUCUGCCUGCAAUAAAUAAAUGAAAGCUUUUUGCUGUUUUUCUGCAGGGAGCCACCAAGAGGUCCGCCGAGAAGACGCACGAGCCCAGUUAAUGAAGGAGGACCCCGAGCUGGCAAAGUGCUUUAUCAAAACUCUCUUCGGGGUCUUGUAUGAAGUGUACAGCUCAUCCGCCGGCCCUGCUGUCAGACACAAGUGCCUUAGAGCCAUCCUCAGGAUCAUCUUCUUUGCUGACGCAGAGCUGCUGAAGGAUGUGCUGAGGAACCAUGCUGUGUCCAGGUAACAUAACCUGAACCGUCAGCUACUUUUAGACUCACAAACAAAAUACCAGGAGACCAUUUUAGCAGUCUGCGACUUAAAACUGUUCCUCCUUCCUUUUUGCAGUCACAUUGCCUCCAUGCUAUCCAGCCAGGACCUGAAGAUUGUAGUGGGUUCUCUACAGAUGGCUGAGAUCCUUAUGCAGAAGCUGCCUGAUGUCUUCAGUGUCUAUUUCAGGCGAGAAGGUAGAAUAUAAAACCAUAGGAAACUUUUGUCCCACCGUGUCAACUAAAAGAGUAGAGGAAUCAGAAUCCAAACCUAAGUAACCAGGGGUGCCAAGUGUCUGGAUCAUUAAUAACAUCUUUAAAUCUUCUUUGUUGACAAGGUGUAAUGCACCAGGUGAAGAACCUCUCUGAAUCUGAGAGCUUUCUGGUCACUAGUCCCCCAAAGGCUUGUCCCAGUGGAACAGCCAGUCUGUGCACCACCACCAUCAGCACUGCAUCCACCACAUCUGCGAAUAAUGCAACUCCUGAUCUGGGCUCACCCAGCUUCCAGCACAGCAUGGACGACUCACUGGACCUCAGCCCACAGGGGUGAGUGUGGGGAGUUGUGUGGCUUUGGUUUGGCUGUUUGCAGAAGUCUCUUUUCAAAAAUAAAUCUCAGUCUCAUGACCAUUUUUAGUGUCACAUUGAAAGCAAGAUACAGAAAGACAAACUUUAACUACAUUUCUCUCUCUCCCUCAGCUAUUUUCGUUGGUUGACUGUAGAUUUUGCAGAUUCUGUUUGAGAAUGAAGAUCAGAAUACACUAGACAUAAUUAGAGCUCAUCUGGUAAUUUAUAAACUAAGGCCCGACCGAAAUGGAUUAUUUGGGGCCAAUGCCAAUACUGAUUAUUAGGGGGGGGGGGGUUUAGAUUAUCAAUUAAUCAGCCAAUUUAAGAAAAAUGUUUAUAUAUACUAUAUACUGUAGAUAUUCUGUAGGUUACUGCUCUUCACGCCGACAGACAGACCGACUGAUCAUCUCAGUAAUAAUCCACGUAUUUAUCAUGAAUCAAACGCGGACCAAAAAAAACGUUUUCAUCUACAUAAAACACUUACCCACCCCACCUCCCCGCCGAUCGGUGCCUCUGCGUCUUACCUCCCGUUACUCAUUUCCGGUCCGGUCUCAUCUGGAGACAUGCAGCUGCCUCAGUAAGAGAAGUAGCUCGAUCAUGUAAUGUGUACUGUUGUUUAUUCUACCAUUACUGGCACGGCUAACAGUGUAGCAAGGCUAAUAGCAGAUGGCUAACUCCGACUUUAGCUUGCAUAUUACAUGGUGCUUCACCGUUAAUUUGGCGUUGCCGAGACCUGCACAGCGGGGAGCAUCGUGGAGUGGGUUGAACUGAAACUUCUUGACUUCUUGUGUAUUUCACAAACUGGUUUAUUUACCGUUGAGGUGGACCACUCUCCUCUGUGCGUCCCUGAGCUGCCUGCUUCAGAUCCGUCACUCUGCUGUGCUGUGAGGUAGUUAGUUGAUGAAGAUUGUCAUGAGGUCGCUGCGCCAUCUACAGGAAAAGUCGGGGGAUCUUUUUAAAUGGCAGAACAUUUUCGAAGUGAAACCGAAUCUUAUUCUCUGCAUUUUAUUUCUGAAAAUAACGGCGAAAAUCUGCGAGUUUUGGUUUUAGUUACUGAUUAGUCUCAAACGGGCUAAAAUUGGCCGAUAAAUCGGUUGGGCCCUAUUGUAAACCCUAUGCUUGGUUUAUAUAGUUCGAUUUUGUGUAAAUUGUUGAUAGAGAUAUGCAUGUUGUUUUUUUUGUAUGCCAGCAAGUUUAUUAGUUAUUUUGUUCUGUUUCGAGGCGGUUAAGUGACGUCUUGAAGAGGAAACGGCUCCCUAAAAGAGGGCCCAGAAGACCCAAAUAUUCUCCCCCAAGAGAUGAUGACAAAGCAGACAAUCAGGGUGAGUUGAAGUGGUACUGACACUCUUUGUGAUGUUUAAAGAUUUCAUCCAGACAUAUUUUCAAAGACAUGCACAAAAUAUAGCUGUUUAUCUCCCCAAUAGGCCCACUACAGAAAAAAAAUACAAAAGAGUGUAAUAAUAAUGAAGUAGGCCGAACUUUAACCCAACCUUAAAAUCUGCAAUGAAAUACAGGAAACAGACGGUCACUUUUUGUCUCAAAAUGAAAGUCUCUACAGUCAAACUAGUACGCCACAAGAUUGAUCUAUAGUACUAUACCUUUCCUUAAAGUGCAUGAUCAGGAGUAUUCAACCAAUGCUGUUAUCAUGUGGUGCUGCUUGACUUGUCAUGCUAAUCAGCACGCUUUGACAGUGAUGUGUAGUGAUUUCUCUCAUCGAGUGCUAUCUUCUUCUACUGUAAUGCGAUAAAACACUUAACCCAUAAUUUUAUGUUGCUGUACUGGUUGUGCUCAUGUAUAAGGCACAGCCCAGUGUAUCUUAGCAGCCAAAUUUUACAGUGAAUUUAAAUAGUGAUACUAGUUUACUAUCACUUCUCAUUUUUUAAGAAGUUUUUUAUGCCGGUGAUGCAUGUUUUAAUCUAACCCAAUGAUUUCUCUGUACAAGACUGGCGACAGACUCUCCUUGUGUUCAAACAUUUGACUAACAUUAUUAAGUCCUUCAAGCAGGUUUGAGCUACCAAGUUUUGACAUAGUAUGCAGUCUUUGACUUGUUUGGAGUUCACAACCUGUCUGUCUUUGGGAUUCUUCACAGCCAAGAGCCCCACCAGUACUCAGUCACCAAAAUCCUCCUUCUUGGCCAGUCUUAAUCCCAAAACCUGGGGCAAGCUGGGUGCUCAGACAAACAAUGCUAACUCAGAGCCCUCUCGUACGGCCGGGGUGAGCGGCCUGGCAAGGGCACCACCGAAGGACUCCAUCUCAAAUAACAGGUACCAUGACUGAACUGAAUCAAGAAAGGAGUCUCUCUUUAUUUUGAGGAGGAUGUCUCCUUUAUUGAAGGACCAUGUUCAAUUUUUUUACAUUGACUUUUAUAUGAUUUUUGCUAAGAUGUUUUCUUACUCUUGGAAAAUGAUCAACAUUGCAGAUCAAAUUUGCCUUUUGGGACGAUAACCCAACCUGAAAAAUUCAGAUUAUGUUGUUUUGCUUAAGAUUGAUGACCGAUCAGAACUGUCACUUUCUGGCUGAGGGAUGAAUUUGUUGAAUUUUUUUUAAUGAACUUUUAUUUGUUUCUCUCCUCCAGAGAUAAAAUUAAGGCUUGGAUUAAAGAACAGGCAACCAAGUUUGUGGAGCGUUACUUCAACUCUGAAAAUGUGGAUGGUAGCAACCCUGCACUGAAUGUACUCCAGAGACUUUGCACAGCCACCGAGCAGCUCAGCCUGCAGGUAAAACAAACACUAAGACACUGUCUCGCAAGAUUAAAAAGGGCAAUUUUCCAACUAUCUAAAGGGGUUGUUCUUGUGGUUGAUGUUUCAUUUUUAAUUCAUAGAGACAAGCAUGUGACUAAAGCCAGAAUUUUAGAAAACAUAACCCGCCACCACUGACUCGAUCGUAUCUUGUUUUCUGUUAUUCCAGGUGGACGGUGGGAUGGAGUGUCUGGUGGAGAUUUCCAGUAUUGUAUCAGAAUCUGACGUGUCGUCAUUUGAGAUCCAGCACAGUGGGUUGGUUAAGCAGCUCCUGGUCUACCUGACCUCCAACAGUGACAGGGACUUGCUCAGCCGGGAUGCGCGGCUCAAGAGGUUUCUCCACGUGUUUUCAGGCUGUCCGGUGAGGGACAAGAACAUGUGUAUUUUAUGACUUAGGCAGUCAAGUACUCCCGACUUUAACCUUAGUUCUUCUCGCGUUUGGUUCGCAGGUUCCAGGUAUGGAGCCUGUAGGGCGCCUGGACCCAGCAGAGAACGGGCCUUUCCUCGCCCUGGUGCACAAAAUGAACAGCUGUCUGAGCCAAAUGGAGCAGUUUCCUGUCAAAGUGCAUGAUUUCCCCAGUGGCAACGGCAAUGGCAGCAGGUCAGUGGCUUAUUUAGACGGAAAUAGCUUCACGUUUGCACAGUUCUGCACAUUUAAACUUGAGUGUAAACAUCUUAAAACAUUUAUUUCCAUUUUGUAUCCACAGGGGCUCUCAGGCACUCAAGUUCUUCAACACUCACCAGCUCAAGUGUCAGCUGCAGAGACACCCAGAUUGCACUAACGUUAAACAGUGGAAAGGCGGCCCUGUGAAGAUAGACCCUUUGGCUCUUGUACAAGCCAUCGAGAGAUAUCUGGUAGUCAGAGGUGAGGGACUUGUCUGUUACUGCUGGAGGGAUUGUAAGUUACUUAUUCCCUCUUUAACAGUGAGCAGACCACGAGCAGCUCUCAUUGUGUUACAUCAGCUUGUCUCUUUAUUUAAUCUGGACCUUGUCUUUUAGGGUACGGCCGAAUCAGAGAAGAGGAUGAAGACAGUGACGAUGACGGUUCAGAUGAUGAAAUAGAUGAAUCACUGGUAUGUCAUUUUGUUUGCGCCUGAUUAGCCUCAUUAUUCCAUCUGCACAUAAUUACCUCCCAUUACCAUGAAUCAAUUGUAAACCUUGUAUUACACCUCUAACUGUAUGUCACCUCUUUGUUACCCAGGCGGCACAGUUCUUGAAUUCAGGCAGUGUGCGUCACAGACUACAGUUCUACAUUGGUGACCACCUGCUGCCAUACAACAUGACAGUAUACCAGGCCGUGCGGCAGUACAGUCUUCAAGCAGAAGAGGAAAGGGAGUCAACAGAUGAUGAGGCGAACCCACUCGGGCGAGCUGGCAUCUGGACCAAAACGCACACAAUAUGGUAAAAGUGCAUUCCUAUUUUCUGUAUUCACACAGGAGAUGUAUCAUGUAUGUUAUAAUUUUUGCAAGUCAGCCUAUUGAGGCUUUCCCAGUACCUUUUAAAAAAAAAAAAAAAAAAAAAAAAAAAAGUCGCUUGAAGCAGAGAAUAGGUAAGAAGCACCUAUUCUCUGCAAGGUUUUGGAGCUUUAAUAACAGAAAAAACUUGCGCAUAUCUGUUGUUAUAUAUGUACACUUUGCAAUGUGUAUCAUUGCAAACAGACAACAUAAAGAGCGGUCAACAAAAAUUACGUCUACCUAAGCUCCCCACUCUUCCCCAGUGCAGGUGAGACAGUCCCUUAUAUUACUUACAGGCUUUCAAACACAGUGUCCACAUGACCCGAAACCCAGCGAAACCAAUGGCAACCAGACAAAAGUAAUUGAACACAAGAUAACUUACGAGUAAAGCAACAUUAUGGCUCCUACACAGCUUUUAACAACCUGAACUUCUGCUCCUUUUUGAGAUUUGUUAGUUUGAACCUUCUAAGUUUGUCUUUGAGGGUCAGUUUAAACAAAAAGUUUCCUCUUUGACAGUUCAACCUCUCUCAGAAUUGCUUUAAGGGUACACGAGCAAAGGGAAACGCUGGUUGAAGCACAAGAACAGAUACAAAUGUGUUGUCUUGUUCGCUGACAGGUAUAAACCUGUGAGAGAGGAUGAGGACGGCAGCAAAGAUGCCGUGGGUGGAAAGAGGGGCCGAGCCCAGACUGCUCCCACCAAAACUUCACCUCGCAACGCCAAGAAGCAGGACGAGCUGUGGCAUGGUGAGAAUUAAACUGUAACCAUAAGGAUCUAUGAAGUUACAGCAUGUUAUCCUCCUGACACUUCUAUGACACUAUUACUCUGUCUUCCCUUUCAGAUGGUGUCUGUCCCAGUGUCCUAAAUCCUUUAGAGACAUACCUCACUUCGGAGCCACCGGAGACAAUAACUUUUGAUGACCCAUCUUUAGAGGUCAACCUGCUGCUGAGGGUCCUGCACUCCAUCAGUAGAUACUGGUUCUAUUUGUACGAAGUAAGUCUCUUUCUUAGCGAUUGACAAGAGGAUGAAGGUUUGUUCCUGUCAAAGAUUCCUGGGGCUCUCUCUUUAAAUACUUAAAUUCAUUAUGAAGUGCUGUCAAAGUUGUGGUUCCUUGGGAAGACAUAUGAAAAACAUCAUCCUGGCUUUGGCUUUCUCUCAGUGUAUUUCCUCAGGUCUUCAUUCAGUAUACAAGAUAGUUUGACAUUUGUUUCUUCCUUUUUGCAGAAUGCUGUGUGUAAGGAAAUCAUCCCUACCAGUGAGUUCAUAAACAGUAAGCUGACAGCCAAAGCUAACCGUCAGCUACAAGACCCGCUGGUCAUCAUGACGGGAAAUAUCCCUACCUGGCUCAUCGAGCUUGGAAAGACCUGGUAAAUGUUUCACACUUAGAUUUUUAGUCCAUCAUCUGUAUAAAGAAAAACUGUGUUUGACGGGUGUGACUUGGUUCUGAUGUGUUAUUCUCUCUCUUUCUCUUCAGUCCCUUCUUCUUCCCUUUCGACACCCGGCAGAUGUUAUUCUAUGUAACUGCCUUUGACCGUGACAGAGCCAUGCAGCGUCUGCUGGACACAAACCCAGAGAUCAACCAAUCAGAUUCUCAGGACAGCAGAGUAGCACCACGUCUCGACAGAAAGAAGGUGCGCUGUUGCCGUGUUCAAGUUAUCAUAUGUCAUAAAUUUUAACCAAAAUCAUUUAUUUUCAUAAAUUCUUCUAUUUUGGUAAAGUCACACUUCAUAUUUUCUCUUCUCUUUGUGUGUUCAGAGGACAAUAAACCGUGAUGAGCUAUUAAAACAGGCUGAGUCUGUGAUGCAGGACCUUGGCAGUUCCAGGGCAAUGUUGGAGAUUCAGUAUGAGAACGAGGUACAGAAAGAUUUUUCCUUUGUUUAUUAUUACCAUGACUUUGCCUCAGACGCUUUAAAAGUCUCAAAAAACUUUUGUCAUCUUCUUCCAGGUGGGCACGGGUCUCGGCCCCACCCUCGAGUUUUAUGCUCUGGUGUCUCAGGAGCUACAGCGGGCUGACCUUGGCCUGUGGAGGGGCGAAGAGGUCACACUGGCCAAUCCUAAAGGUGUGGCAUUUGCUCCUCAGCUGUCAGAAAUAAUAUGUAGCAUUUCAUGUUGUCUUUUAUUCUUUAUAUUCUCUUUCUCGUAUUAAUCGUAUUAAAAAAAAAAAAUAAUCUUGUGUGUAAUUGUUAGGGUGCUUUGUGUGAUGGUGGAAAUGUAGAAACUUAAUCAAUCUUUCUCUUUGCUCAAACAGGAAGCCAAGAGGGAACAAAGUACAUGUUCAGCUCCAGAGGACUGUUUGCUGUUCCCUUUGGCAGGACAACCAAACCAGCACACAUAGCCAAAAUCAAAAUGAAGUUCCGUUUCCUGGGGAAGUUGAUGGCCAAAGCCAUAAUGGACUUCAGACUGGUAACUCUACCAUCUCUAAUGAUAAAACCGUUUCUUACAACAGAUCCACUGUCGGUGCAUUUUGAACUGAAUUUUUAACCUCCCUCCUCCUGCCCUCCUUUUCCAGUUGGACCUGCCCCUUGGGCUGCCAUUUUACAAGUGGAUGCUUCGGCAUGAGAUGUCUAUAAGCUCCCAUGACCUGGUGAACAUUGACCCCAGUGUGGCUAAGUCCAUCCAGCACUUGGAGGACAUACUCCGCCAGAAGAAGAGGCUGGAACAGGACAGAUCACAGGUACAGCACAGCUCAGAGGACUCCAGUGACACUUUCACACAAAUCCCAAAUUUGUCUUCACUCUCACUCUAUUUUUUUCCUCUGUUAAUUCUUGUUUUUCUGUAACAGACAAGGGAGACCCUGCAGCAGGCUCUGGAGAGCCUGAACAUGAAUGGCUGCUCAGUGGAGGACCUGGGCUUGGACUUCACUCUUCCAGGGUUCCCCAACAUUGAGCUGAAAAAGGGCGGCAAAGACGUCCCAGUCACAAUCUACAACCUAGAGGAGUACCUCAGGGUAUGUACUCCACAUUUUCCAUCCCAUAACUUUAGUCUGUGACUGCACUCGUACAGUAUUGAUAAUUUGUUUCUCCUCUUCUUUCAGUUGGUGGUGUAUUGGACUCUUAAUGAAGGAGUGUCCAGACAAUUUGAGUCCUUCAGGGAAGGGUUUGAGUCAGUCUUCCCCCUGCAUCACUUGCAGUAUUUUUAUCCAGAGGAGGUAAGGCCAUUUUUUUAUUCGACAUCCUGUUUUCUAAUCAAUUUAUGUAAUCAAUAAGUCUUUAAUUCCUCUUCUAUAAUUCUUCCUUAUGUCUCCUCCUCCUCCUCCUCCUCUUCAUAGCUGGACCAGUUGCUGUGUGGCAGUAAAUCAGAGACAUGGGACGUCAAGACAUUGAUGGAGUGCUGUCGACCAGACCACGGCUACACACACGACAGGUGGGAACAACACACUUUGACAAACAUAGAGAAACUGUAAUGGGGCGCUCACACCAAGCGCGAGUAAAAUCAUCUACUCGCUUAAUUCGCACGAAUGUAUUUACUCACUUCAUUCGCACAUUAGCGGUAAUUUCAAUGGUAAUCCCUGUCAAUUCAACCAGCGGGAUCAAGUGAUAGUCAAAGGUUUUUUUUACAGUUUAUCAGGUAAUCCGACCUCUUCACUCACUUGCCUCCAUGCGAGCUCCUUUUCACUCCAGUUUUGGUAAUUGAAAGAAAAGGUAUCGUAUAAUUCGGGGCAUCCAGACACCGACACGAUCAGUUUGUCCAUUUUACAUACCAGUGAACAUACCGUUUUCAUAUGUCACCUGGCAACCUUUGUGCUGAUUAGUUAUCCCGAAUAUACGCUCAACUUGAGACAUUUUCAGCUCCAGUCAUUCGCGCCAUCAGAGUAUGAGGAGCGUCUAAUCGCAUCUUGGCAUUGACUUGACAUGUAAUUCAUUCGCGCGAAUGAUUUUACUCACGCUUGGUGUUUGGAGACGGUGAGAGACAAGAGCUUCCUAACAAUAUCAACAGAGACAAGCUUCUAUGCAGAUUACCUCCAGUGAACCUGAAUAUGUGUCUCAGGUCUUCAGUUAACUUCAAUUAGCAGCGUCAAAAUCUUAAUGGUUUAUCCUACAUACUGUCCAUGUAAGCCACCUUUGACUCAUUUUGAUGUUUAUUCAUCUCGUGUUCUCGCAGUCGUGCUGUGCGGUUCCUGUUUGAGGUGUUGAGCAGCUUCGACGCCGAGCAGCAGAGACUCUUCCUUCAGUUUGUCACAGGAAGCCCCAGACUGCCUGUCGGAGGUGAGUCAUCAGACUAAGAAGAGAGUCAAAAUGUCGUCAGGUUAGAUUGUUUUCAUAUCUUUUGUCUGAGACCUCGCUCCUCUCUUUCUCUGUCUCAGGUUUCCGGAGCCUGAACCCCCCUCUGACGAUUGUAAGGAAGACAUUUGAGUCAACAGAGAACCCGGAUGACUUCCUUCCCUCAGUCAUGACCUGUGUCAACUACCUGAAGCUGCCUGACUACUCCAGCAUAGAGACCAUGCGAGAGAAACUGUUGAUUGCAGCCCGAGAAGGCCAGCAGUCUUUCCACCUUUCCUGA